AUGUUGCAUAUCUCCCCUCGUCGUUUGUGCAAGCGAUGCAAGCGAUAUCAACAGAUCAUCAAGCGACGCCGCCGAAAGGAUAGGCGAGACCACAUGAUGAUGGUGGUGGUUGAUGACGCCUUCGACGCCCCCACCAUCAAGUACCUCAUUCGCUGCGUAGAAGAGGGCUUGCUUGAAGUGCAAACAAAGUCGUUCGCGCUCUCCAGCCGGCUGGAGACCGAGGCGCCCACAACUCUGGAAAUGGGCUUUCAACCUCAAGGACAUCACGAUGAUUUAUGGUACACCUGCAGGGCUUACAACCUCAAGGACAUCAUGAUGUCAUUCUCGGUGCUUUGGAUUAUCUUCCUUACAUUCAUCUUUCCCCCGCAAUCUGUGUUUGCCAUGUUGCUCCCGCCUAAAGCCUACAAGGGUCUUAGUGAUCAUCGCAACCGUUGCAUCGCUGUCAAGUGUCGAUGUGCCGAUUCAAAGAGACUGAAGAAGGCGCGGCUCGCGAUACACGUACACGCCCUCCGGAAACUUCAACCCAUCAUCUGCGGCAUGAGUACAUCCAUGUUCUAUAUGAGCAUUGACACGAUCGUUCAGAACACAUCUAUCGGGUUGCCCCGGGGUUCAAGCCACACUCUGACGACUCUUGAGACAUUGAGCGAUCCCCCGCCUGUUGUUAACUUAGAAUAUGUCAAGAUGGCGGCCAUUGCUGCCGUUCAAGUCUUAGUGUCGGAACGCGACUCAGAUGACAUUGUACAGUGGAUACACCACAUACUUGGCGAAGGAAGAUUAUUUCCUCCCUAUAUGUUCCGCGAGGUGGACCAAGCCUAUCGUCGAAGGAAGCUGAUCCUCAGGGAUUCCUUCAGUCGCCCAUGA